CUAGCCUAACAAUGGAGCCGGAGAAGAAACAUCGUCUAAUUAAAUACAGCAUUGCGGCGAUAGCUAUUUUAGUGGCUGUUGGAUUCUGUGUUGGAAUAAUAUACGCCGUUGCUGACUAUUACGCUAACGAAGAUGAUAUUGAUGUUGCUACUGAAAAACCAACCACUUCAACAGUUUUAAGCACAACUGCAGUAACACAGAAUCCAGUCCCAGAAAUUACUGGAGGAGACAUUCUUGAUUACUUUGUGGAUGCAAACGAUGACGGUCUGUACGUUUCAUUUGUUCAUGGAGCUAAUUCAAUUUCGGAGAUGGAAAAAGCAUUGAGUGAUGAUUCGAUUGACAUGCUCGAAGCAGAUAUAACACUUCGAUAUUACGGGCUUGAAAACCAAACGACAGAACCUAUUAUGGCCCAUCCUCCUGCCUUCAACAGCGAUAACACACUUGCUAAUUGGUUUGAAAACGUUAUUCCAUCCAAGAAGGGAAUAAAAAUGGACAUAAAGGUUGAAGAAGUCAUACCUCAUGCUCUCAAAGAACUACAAUUACACAGGAGCAAAUUGAUGCAACCAGUGUGGAUCAAUGCCGAUGUAAUACAAGGACCUAAUACGUUGUCGACUCCGAUAGAUGGAGAUUAUUUCGUCCAUAACGUCAAUCAAUACUUUCCUAAUGUUACUUUAUCAUUAGGAUGGACGACUGGGUACAGGAUUGCUCUUGAAAAUGAAGAAUAUUCGUGGGAAUCGAUGGAUGAUAUGCUCCGCCUAGCAUCCAGUACCAAUCAAAGAAUAACUUUUCCGAUUCGCGCUGCUCUUGCAAGACAGUCAUGGUAUAAGUUUCUCUGGCUUUUAGAACAAGAUAAAAGGUUCUCUUUAACGGUGUGGAGCGCAAGCGUCGAUCCCGUAUCUUUGGAAGAUAAAGUGUAUAUACGAGACAAUUACGACACGUCAAGAGUUUUUUACGACACUGAUCCAAAUUUUGUGGAAGACAUAAGAAUGGAAGUGGAAGGUGAUCGCACGGUGGAAAAAGUGUUCUAUACUGGAGGGAAUGCCCUCGACUUCUUCAGAAUUCCAGGAAGAGAUGCCAUGAAAGUAACAUGGGCACAUAGAGCAAACAACAAAGCUGAUUUGGAAGCAGCUUUAAAAGAUGAGUCAAUAAUGAUGCUCGAAGCUGAUGUUAGAACUCGCCCAUCAGAUGGAAUCCCUGUAAUGGCUCACACUCCUGCAGAUAUUCCACUGACUGAUCAGACAUUAGAAGAAUGGCUGCAAAGAGUAUCCAAUGUAACAACGAGGGGAAUAAAAUUGGAUGUAAAAACAACAGACACUUUAGAAAAGGCAUUUACAAUCAUUGCAAAGGAAUCUCCAGUAGUACCAGUGUGGUUAAACUCUGAUGUAUUGAGGGGACCAAAUUCUGUGUCUAUCCCAGUGAAUGCAACAAUUUUCUUCUCAAAAGCUGAAGAAAUAUUUCCACAUGCAACACUCUCACCUGGAUGGACAACUUUUUACAAUGUCAUUGGUGAGAAUGAAGGAUAUAGUCAAGCUAUGGUUGAAGAAAUGUACUCGUAUUGCAAAAGUUCACGUCAAGCGAUAACAUUUCCAGUCCGGGCAUCUCUAACAGCGCAAUCCGUGACUGAACUCCAAUGGCUUAUCAAAAAAUCAAACAGGUACACUUUGACUGUCUGGCACAGUGGCUCGGAGAAUGUACCUAUUGAAGACUUGCUAAAAAUUCAUGACGGAUUCACAAAAGAACAAGUAUAUUAUGAUUUGCCAGAAGAUAUGAUGAAUGAAUUCGUUCAAGCAUUAGAAAGCAGAUAACUAGAACUUCAAACGUGGAUAAUUAUUUAAUUUUAUACA